CCCAAAUGUAACGUCCGUAUCCCACUCUCUUUCUUUCUCUCUAAAAGCCAUUGCCCUUUCCCUCUGCAACUUCACCAUCAUCUAUCUCUAUAUAUCUAAUAUCUUUCUUUCUCUCUCUCUCUCUCUCUCUAACCUGUUUCUCUCUCUAAACCCUUUUCUUUCGCCACCAUGAACGACAACAAUGAAGGAAAUGAAUUCAACAAUUUGAAUUCAUUCAAAGCUUUGCUUGAAGUUGAAGAAGAUAACAACAACAAUUGGUACUUACCACACCAUAAUCACCAUGAAAACAACCUCGAUUUCCCCCCUAAUUCACCCUUACUUUUCCAGAACUUUGACCCGACCCAUGCCCAAUACUUUUUACCUCAAAAAGUCACUGUUUCUGACAACCCGUUAGACGCGGGUUACGAUGUGGAAACUGGUUUUCUGGGUAUGCAUAGAGGAAACGAUGGGUUAUCGGAAUUUGGUGCAUUGCCAUUGGUGUCACAAACCCAAAUGCUUAUUCCUCAUUUAACCUCUUCGGAUCCUCAGUUUGCAACAACCCAAUUUGGUUUUCCAAGUGUUGGACCCUUUGAGAAUUUACAGCCAACUCUGUUUGAGAAAAGAGCUGCUCUCCGAAGGAAUUUAAAUGAUACAAAUGGCGGAGGUGGAGGGAAUUUGGGGGUUUUAGUUGAUGUGGAUAACAUGAGUUUUGAUGAUUCUGGUCUGAAUUAUGAUUCGGAUGAGUUAACAGAAAACACCAACAAUAAUGGGAUUCAAAUUGGCGGUGGGGAGAGCUCCAAUCCUAACAGUACCACCAGCGGCGGAGGAGGCGGAGGGGAUCGGAAAGGUAAGAGAAAAGGGUUCCCGGCGAAGAAUUUAAUGGCGGAAAGGCGACGUAGGAAGAAGCUUAAUGAUAGACUUUACUUGCUGAGGUCUGUGGUACCAAAUAUUAGCAAGAUGGAUAGGGCUUCGAUUCUUGGAGAUGCUAUCGAGUACCUGAAAAAUCUUUUACAGAAAGUCAGUGAUCUUAACCAAGAGCUUGAGUCGAUCCCAUCAAGCUCUUCUUCCAUGGUCCCUGCCGCCGGCGCCGGAUUCCACCCCCUAACCCCGGCUGCCACCACUAUUCCGUCAUGCAUCAAGGAUGAGGGUUUCCCCACGGCCACCCUCUCCCCCACCGGACAACCAAUUAGGAUUGAAGUGAAGCAAAGAGAAGGAAGGGCGAUGAAUAUACACAUGUUUUGCAGCCGAAGGCCAGGGCUGUUGCUUUCAGUGACAAGAACUCUUGAUAAUCUUGGUUUAGACAUUCAACAAGCUGUUAUCAGUUGUUUCAAUGGCUUUGCGCUUGAUGUUUUCAAAGCUGAGCAGUGUAAUGAAGGUCAAGAAUUGCAACCUGAUCAAAUCAAGGCAAUGUUAUUGGAAUCUGCUGGAUACCAUGGUGUCGCGUAGGUAGAAUAGGAGUUAAUUUAGUAAUAAUAAUAGAUUAGUCGUAAUACUAAUAGUUUUAUUUAAUUUGAAUAUCAAUUAUCAACUCUUUUCUGUUAUGUUAUCUUUUGUUGGUGCUUUUGGAUUUUGAUGGAAACUUGCAUUUGCAUGCAGA